UUUUCCCUAUAUGCCCUAAUAUCCCAUACCCCGCUUGUGUUUUAACUUUAAAGGGUGUGCCGGCUUCAAACACCAGGUUUUUUGAAUUGUUCGUUUCUUUCUAAUACAGUUUGCACCUGACAAUCAUACAUUUGAAUCGAUAAAGACUUACUUAAACUGUAAGAUGUCUGCAAAAAGCAAAAAAACACCGGCAUCUAGCUCACAAGCAUCAAGCUCAGCUUCCCAAUCAAGGAGCUCACCACUCAGCCCAACACGUUUGACUCGUCUUCAAGAAAAAGUCGAACUACAGAAUUUGAACGAUCGCCUCGCCAAUUACAUUGAUCGUGUUCGUCAUCUGGAAAGUGAAAACAACCGCCUUAAUAUUCAGAUCCAGACCACACAAGAAACUGUAACUAGAGAGGUGACGUCUGUAAAGGGUUCAUAUGAAAAGGAACUGUCUGAUACUCGUCAACUCUUGGAUGAAACAGCCAAAGAAAAGGCCCGUCUUCAACUUGAUGCUGGACGAGCUAGAGCUGAGCUGGGAGAAUUAACCCCAAAGUACAAUAAAACCAAAAAUGAUUUGCUCCAAGCCGAGAAAAAGGUCCAGCAGCUUGAAAGUCGAAAUAAUGAGCUUAGCACGUCUCUCUAUCAGCUGAAGAACGAUUUAGCCAGAGCGAUCGAAGAGAAAAAGGAAAUCGCUGCGGAGAGGGACAAACUAGCGAAACAAGUGCCUGAAUUACAGCAACAGCUGGAAACAGAAUUGCUGGCCCGCACUGAUUUAGAAAACCGAAACAUGACUCUUAAAGAAGAGCUGUCAUUCAAGCAACAGAUGUACGAGCGAGAAAUGACGGAAGUUCGAUCCAACAAGCAAGUUGAAAUCAGUGAGAUUGACGGGCGCCUUCAAGAACAUUACCAGGCCCGUUUGCAGACUACCUUGCAGGAGCUUCGCGAUCAGUAUGAAUCGCAGAUUCAACAAAGCAGAGACGAAGUCGAAGCCUUGUAUCAAAAUAAGGUCCAAGAUUUGGAAGAUCAGAUGAAAAAGCAACGAAGCGCCGCUAGUUCGCAUUACGAAGAGGUUAUUCAAACUCGGGCUCGUUUGAAUGACUGCAAUUUGAAAUUGUCUGAAUUGGAAUCGGCCAACGCUCAUCUGAAGAAUCGUGUUGGGGAAUUGGAACGGAACAUGGAAACUGAACGUGCUGCACACGCCAAAGCCAUCAAUGAAGCAUCUGUUGUCUAUUCUGCCAUGGGUCAAGGAGAAAUCAACCGUCUUCGCGAACAAAUGGCUGUUCAGUUGCAAGAAUACCAGGAUUUGAUGGACAUUCGCACUGCCCUUGAUAUGGAAAUUUCUGCUUACCGUAAACUGCUAGAAGGCGAAGAAACACGAUUGAACUUGACGCCAACGGUGGCUGCUACCACCUCGCAGAGCACGCGUGCUGGCACCCCUUCUCGCCGCACCCCAACACGAGCCCUCAAGCGUAAGCGGACCAUGCUCGAAGAAUCGUCUUCGUACUCGUUGGCCGACUAUGUCACCUCAGCGAGCGCAAAGGGAGACGUCGAAGUCUCUGAAGUCGACUCCGAAGGGAAAUUCAUUCGUUUGCAAAACAAGGGCGACAAGGAGGUAUCUUUGAGCGGAUGGCAGCUAGUGCACAAGGCCCACGAAACCGAGACCAUCUACAAAUUUCAUCGUUCAUUGAAAAUGGCUCCCGGAGGCUCAGUGACGGUCUGGUCAGCGGGCAGUGGAACAGCCCACGAGCCGCCGUCAACUCUUGUGAUGAAGGAGCAACGUUGGUUUGUGGCCAGCGAAAUGGUAACGCAGCUCCUCAACAACAACGGAGAGGAAAUGGCGCAGCGGGAGAGCAAACGAGCGCAGACCAGUACCUCCAUUCUCCGUCAAAGGGAGGAGUAUCGCGGCUUGGGUGGUCCAGAAGAGCUUCACCAUCAGCAGGGCGACCCCGACGGCAAGGAUCGUUGCAUCGUCAUGUAAUCACCUCAUGAGUACUUCAUCAAGAUGUGUUCAUCGAAGCGUUUUUUUUUUUUCAAGUGUCUUAUGAUUGGUCCGAUAAUUUCGAAAAAAAAGAUGAAAAAUAGCAAAACAAAAUUGCGUGCCUGAGAGAGAAAAAGAGAUGAAUGUGUGCGUUCAAAUGUUUCUGACGCAAGCCGCUGCCAUUUAUGAAAAUUCGUUCUACUAGAGGAAAACAAAAACAAAUUUGUCCGGUUCAUUUCGAGGUGUAUUCGCGCACCGAGGAAAACAUUUUUCACGUGAAUUGCAUACGAGAUUUUUGCCCGUUUAAAUGCAGAAGAACGGCCCAAUGAAUAGCAAGUAACAAAAAAACAAACCAUCCCAAAUUUUUACAUUAUCAUCAUUUUUUUUUUUUUGCAGUCCAUUAAAAAAAAAGUUCGAAAUUUCUUUUGAUGCCCACCCUCCCUUCACUCAUUUCUUAAAAUAUUAUUUUUUGUUCUUUUUUUUGUGAGCUCCCGCCCUUUAUCUUCAUUAAUGCGUUGAAUACACCAACGAAAUUCUUUUUUAAAAGGGGAA